AUGGCAGUUAACGGAUCGGUCGUCUUUGACGACCUCCCUCCUCUUCCCGCCUACACCCUAACCCCGCGACCACCUCUCCUCUCGCCGAUCCCAGAUAACAUCCUUGCGCUGAUUCUGCCUAUCGUUGCAUACUGGGGUCUGUCUAUGAUAUACCACUUUAUCGAUGUAAACGACUACUUUCCUCAGUACCGUCUACACACUCCGGCAGAGGUUCUUAAACGGAACCAUGUCUCCCGCUUCGAUGUCGUCAAGGAUGUUGUCCUUCAACAAGUAGUUCAGACUAUCGCGGGUAUGCUAAUGGGAUAUUUUGACCCGGUUGAAUGUGAUGGCAAGGAGGAAUACGAUAUUGCCGUUUGGGCCCGCCGUCUCCGCAUUCUUCAGAGACUCGUCCCGAGGGUAUUGGCCCUUGUUGGCGUCGACGCUUUGGGCCUAGCUAAGAACCUCUCCUCGAAUGGUCAUACCAUGCUUGCUGGAGCUCUGGCGGGCGGAAAUUACCCCGGAGCGACUCAGUCGCUUAUCUUGGAGAAUGGCACUGAAUCCGUGGCUCCCGCUUUCACUGGCUGGGAGUUGGCAGCGGCCGGUUUUAUCUAUUGGUACUUCAUUCCGGCCAUCCAGUUUGCCUGGGCUGUUUCGGUUGUGGAUACUUGGCAGUACUUCCUUCAUCGUGCGAUGCACCUGAACCGUUGGCUCUAUGUCAAGUUCCACUCCCGCCACCACCGCCUGUACGUUCCGUAUGCGUUUGGUGCGCUCUACAAUCACCCAGUCGAAGGAUUUCUUCUUGAUACUGCAGGAACUGGAGUGGCAUUUUUGACCGCGCGGAUGACAAAUCGCCAGAGCAUUUGGUUCUUCACCUUCUCCACCAUCAAGACUGUCGACGACCACUGUGGCUACGCCUUCCCUUGGGAUCCUUUGCAACACAUUACCUCGAAUAAUGCUGCUUACCAUGACAUCCACCACCAGAGUUGGGGAAUCAAGACCAACUUCUCUCAGCCUUUCUUCACCAUCUGGGAUCGAUUCCUCGGCACCCAAUGGAAAGGCGACGUUAAGCUUCGUUACGAGCGAGCUCGUGAGACUGCCCAGAGACUGGUGGACAAUGAUCCGACUCAGUCCACUGAUGUUACUGCCGACGAGGCAUCUGCUGCCAAUUCAAGCAAUGAAAGCGCAGUGGUGUCACCAGAGGGACCAACGGAUUCCAACGCCAGGACCCGCCUGCGAAGAAAGACCGCUACUUUGUCUUCAGAUGGGUUCAAGGGCGUGAAUCAUGGCGUAACUAGUGGUGUCCUUCAAGCCUAA